CUCCACACGGCAGAGUCAUUAAUCCACUUGUAAAAUACCCUUAGCAAACAAGGCCGUGUCACUAAAACCACAAACGCGCUGCGCUGGUGUUUUUGGAGAGGGAAAAGAGAACACAGAAGUGACGUGGAGAAGUGGGGAACGGUGCUGGUGGAGGGAAGAGUUUGCGUUUAGGCUUAGGUUGUUGCCCGGUGGUUCGCGUGAGGUUUCUCCGUGGGAACUGGACACCACUGCCUCGCACAAUUGAACACGGCCGGGGGACGGAGAGAGGGCUAGAGAGAGGCGUACCAAGAUCACGCGACUACCUUAGCACGCGAGCUCGCGCCGACUUAGUAGCACCCACCCAACCCUCCCGCAACACGUAGUCGUUUGACCCCGUGCGACACCUCGCAACCAAAGCAGGACCUAGCAGGUGGAAUCGUAUCGGCACGGAGGGUUUAGGGUUCGAUUCCCGAGAGGGAUGAGCGAUAGGAGAUCAGAGGAGGACAGGUAGGGUCGCCCACAGGUGUAAAGGAGAGCGGUGGACCGCCGGGGGCAGGUCGCCCGCCGGCCAUGUCUUGUCAUUCCGGGGAGAUGGAGCGGUGAUAGCCCAUUUAAGUUGGGGGAACAGGCCCACCGACCAACCUUCUCACGCGAUACCAUGUGGCCGCACGCAAAAAUUAGGUGGGGUAAAAGAUCCGGUUGCAGCAUUCUCCAUAUAAAAUCUGAAGCGCUGCCGCAUUCCGCCGCUGCACAUCGUGGUGGAACGAUCAAGUGUCGCUGCGUGCGGGAAGACAACGUCACGACUUACAAGCGCUUUACUUCAAGUAGAGGUGCCCACGAGCUCACGCGUGCAGACGACACCAUGGCAGUCCUGGCCGCAGCGUCCUUGUUCGGCCUUUCUUAUUUACAAGUUGUCUUGGUCGCGGUGCUGCUCGUACUCGUCGCCGCGGUGCUGGUGAGCCGUCUUCGGCAGAACACGCCUUGUCUCCCGCCGGGACCCUGGGGUUUUCCCGUGGUCGGGAUCUUCCCUGCCCUCGGCAGCCAGCCUCACCAUGCCCUGGCGAGAAUGGCCGAGAAGUACGGGGACGUCUUCCGCGUCAAGUUUGGGAGCCGGACUGUUAUAAUACUGAACGGGAUCGACAUGGUGAAGGAGGCGUUUGUCAAGCAGGCCGCCUGCUUUGCGGGCAGACCGGCUCUGUACUCAUUCAAACAAGUGAAAAACGGGAUUACGUUCAAGACGUAUAGUCCUACAUGGGUGGCGCGGAAGAAAGUCACGGUCGGAGCUCUGAAAGGUUUCGUCUACGGUCGAACCGGAGCGCUCACCGCGUCGGCAGAGACUAUGAUCACCGAGGAAGCACAAGAACUUGUCCGCAUGUUCCUGUCCAAGGCCGGGCAGCCGUGUAACCCUGAGCUGUACACUCACACCGCGGUGGCAAACGUCGUCUGCGCGCUGUGCUUCGGCAAGCGGUACGAACACGGCAACGAAGACUUCCGCAAGCUCCUGCAGAACACGGAGAAGUUCCGAAAGGCCAUCGGCGCGGGCAACCCCGUCGACUUCAUGCCGUGGCUGCGCUUCUUCCCCAACAAGAACGCGACGCUGUUCAAGGAGGCCAUGGACUCGUCGCUGCAGCUUUUCGACAAGCACAUCAACUUCCACCUGCAGACCUACGAUCGCGCCGUGAUCAGGGACAUCACCGACGCGCUGAUCUUCAGCAUGUCCGAGAACCAGGAGGCCGGUCUGAGCGCCGACUUCGUCCUGGAGUGCGUCAUCGACAUCUUCGGCGCGGGACAGGACACCUCGGCCCAGCUCCUGCACUGGUGCUUCCUCUACAUGCUGGUUUUCCCCGACGUGCAGGCGCGGGUACAGCGGGAGUUGGACGGAGUGGUCGGGCGGGGACGGCUGCCGACCCUCGCCGACGAGUCGCGCCUGCCCUACACGGCGGCUACGGUGCAGGAGAUCGUGCGCCACACCGGGAUCGUCCCCAUGUCCAUCCCCCACCUCACCACCAAGGACACGCAGCUGAACGGCUACACCGUCCCCAAGGACACCAUCGUCUUCGCCAACCUGUGGUCCGUCGGGCACGACCGCCGGAUCUGGGGGGACCCGAGCAGCUUCCGACCCGAGCGCUUCCUGGACCCGACCGGCACCGCCCUGGACGCCGCCGCCGUCGAGAAGACCUUACCGUUCUCCGCGGGCAAGCGGCGCUGUCCUGGCGAAGUCCUCGCCAGGCAGGAGAUGUUUCUGUUCUUCUCCAUCCUCCUACACCAGUGUACGUUCGAGCGUGUGAACGGAUCUGCGGCGCCGAGCUUGGAGGCCAUCUACGGGCUCGUCAUGCGUCCACAGCCCUACAGCAUGAUCGCGCGUCCACGGUAAACUACCACCUUUAUUCCAGUAUCUACAAACCAUGCGUCGUUCUAUGUAUUAACAACGUGUUCACAGCAAUGUUGAGCG